GGAAUUUCCGGCUACAUACGAGUAGCCCCGAUAGAGCUAUGGAUUAAGCCUGCAAGACUGUAAGGCAUGGCACUAACUAUCGCUACACAUGUCCGUACAAAGCAGACACUGAAUUCCACGCGUAAUACACCAAGUACCAAUGCUAUGUUUCGAUCAGAAUCGGGAACCUCCAGGAAUGUUAACUUGGAUGUCCUGGGAGAAUAGCAAUCUAGCAAACAUUAGAGCUUCAUCCCGCAGGCAGCUCUCUACAGAAGUUUCAAUGAAUGGUGUAUUAAACAAAAAUACGGUAACGGCAAAUAAAUAUUUUUCGGAAGGACAAAAACGAUGCCAGGAAUGAAAAGGGGAAGAACACAGUCAUACACCUGGGCCGCAGGGGCACAGAAUGCAGUGGACUGGGAACUUGGGACAGCUUAUCAUGCGUUUCUCAAAAACGACAAACGUGAACGCAAUCUAAAAGUGGGGAAAGACUUAUUGGUAACUGUUUAGUUGUCCUCCAAGUG